AAAAUUCUUAAUUUUUUAUUCAAAUCAUCAGUAUCAAGUAUCAAGCCAACAAUGAGCUUCAGAAAGUCAAUAGCUUCUAUAAGAAGCAAGAGAGCAUCUAUAGCCAGUCGUCACUCCAGAGCGGGAAGUAUCGUUGCAAUGCCAAUGUUUGAGCAAAGUAUCCGACAACAAAAAUACUUUACGACCGUUGCUUAUGACUUGGAGGACUGGGUGCUUAUAGAUCGAAUCUACAAAGACAGUGCAGAUGUGAGCGAGCAGCCCAGUUAUAGCACUAAAAAAUUCUCUUAUGAGCUCGAGUGUCAUUGGCGUUAUCUGCAGAUGAAAUCGUUGUAUGAUGCGCAGUUCAUGCGCCAAUUGAAGUAUUUCAUAUCCACAAAGCCAGUAAGCGAACAAUACUUUACUAAGAGACUCUUGUCAUACACAACGCUCUGGCCUCCUCUGCACACCAAGCGUGAAUUGGAGUAUUUUAAGAGGAAUUUCUUCAAACUGACACCGGCGCGGGAGAAACGCUUGGAAUACUUAUUAAAAACCGAUUUAAGCAUGGACUGCUAGGUAAUAUGCAUUUAAUUGUAAGUCCAAACGUUUAUGCGAAAUGUUUGAAUUUACAAUUAAUUGCUAAAUUCGGUCUCUACUUGCUCUAAUAGCUAAUGACGCUUUAAGCUUCACUCGUCAUUAUCGGUAUGAAAGCAAUGAAAUCUGCAAAGCCUUUUAAGGCAAAUAAUGCAUGAAUAAACAACUGUUUAGAUGAUGAAUAUUUAAUUUCCAUUCACAGUUUGCUCACUCAUUUAGUCAAUCAUAAAUAAUUGGUUGUAAAAAGAACAAAAGAAGCCUAUUGAAUUGUAAUA